CCCAAAGUAGGCCACAAGAAGUCUCGCAAUGGUUGCCAGACCUGCAAACUGCGCAGGGUGAAAUGCGAUGAGAAACAGCCUGCAUGCUCGAUAUGCCUUCGUCUGGGCCUGGAUUGCAUGUAUGUAACGCCUGAGCCAACUCGAGCGCGCACAAGGACACGCAACACGGCACCAAAAUCGUUACAACCGCCUCUAUUGUCCACACAGGAUUCAGCUACUGAGGAGUCCGAGCAAAGGCGCUAUAUGGAGUUACGGCUUCUUCAUCAUUGGAUGCUCCAUGUAUCGCGACCUUUCGGAAUGACAUCUCCCCCGAGCUGGAAGGAACUCUGGUAUGGGGAGGUGCCCCAAGUUGCACUUACCAACAAGAACGUUCUCUACGCGCUGUUCACAAUGACAGCGACGCACCUUCUGGGAAGCUGGCCUCAUGAUGCGGCACUCUACCGAGCACGCGAGAAUUACUGGGUUUGGGCACUUCGCGAACAGCGUGCGGCAAUCACGGAUCUGGACAAUUCCAACACCGAUGCGGUCGCAUUCGCAGCACUAUUGAUAUCAAUGAACUCGCUUGCUAUGCUCCAGGAGCGCCCUUUGGAACCAUACUCACCACCGGCAGAUUGGCUAGAGGUUGGAAGAGGCGCAUUCACCGUCUUGCCUCCUCCUGAAGCCGUCAGCGAAGGCACGGGGCUCAAAGUUUUGAUGGACACUACCGCCAACAUCUGGCAGGCAAAUGUGACGUUUGAUGCUGAUAUGCAGCGCGAAUUCGGCGCCAUACUGAACCGGGACAUACCAUCUACCGACACUUGGGAUCAGGAGACAUGUGAAGGCUACGAGAAUGCGCUGAGCUACAUUGGCUCAUUCCGGCGUGCGGUGCUAGCCGGUGAGCCUGCAGACAUCAACCUGCGCUGGAUAUGCAUGUUCCCGUUCAUGGUUCCCAGGCAGUUUGUCGAUUUCGUCAGUGAAGGCAGACCAAGAGCUCUAGUGACGCUGGCAUACUUUUUCGCCGUGGUCGGGCACACAGAUGCCUUGAAGUAUUUGGGAAAUACCGGCCAGCAUACGACAGCGCGGCGAGAGAUCCACGCAAUCAGAAACGUGCUACCACAGGAAUGGCAAAGUCUGAUGGCGUGGCCAAUGAAUGAGAUCUCAGCA